AUGGCUGGCUAUGGUGGUGAAGUUUUCAGCUAUCGAAGUUUUAACUGGUUUUGGGUACCAGUGCUUGGACCAUUUAUUGGAGCCGCCUUUGGUGGCCUACUUUAUCAGCUGGCCAUCGGCUUCCAUAAUCCUUCUGACACUGACGAUAUACACAUUAGAAAAUACGAAAUUGUUGCUACCGAAGAAAGGAAACCGCUAACUACAGGGUACCGGAUUUUCCGAUUCCACUGCUUUGUUCUUCAGAAAUAUGCAGCUUUCCAACUGUUGCAGUCUCAGCUAACAAUCUAUGCUUUUGAAACAAAGUUGGCCAGUUCUUGUGAAACUCAAAUGCUUGAUGUUGCGACGUAG